AUGGCAACUAUUGAUCUUUCAAGCAACCACUUAACCGGAGUAAUACCUCAAAGUAUAACAAAACUUGUGGUAUUAGUUGAUUUGAACCUUUCAGGAAAUCAUCUCACAGGAUUAAUUCCCAAAAACAUUGGUCAUAUGGAAAUGUUGGAAUCACUCGACUUGUCAAGAAACCAUCUUUCGGGUAAAAUGCCAACAAGCUUUUCAAAUUUGACAUUUCUUAGUUACAUGAACUUGUCUUUCAAUAACUUAGAAGGCAAAAUUCCACUAAGCACUCAACUACAAUCUUUUGAUCCUUCUACAUACGUGGGGAAUAGUGGACUUUGUGGCUCACCACUCAUGAAUCUUUGCCCAGGAGAUGUGGUUUCUUCCACUACAAGUCAUGACAAAUAUAUUCCUAACGAAGAUGAAGAUAAACUCAUAACCUUUGGGUUUUAUGUUACCUUGGUACUUGGUUUCAUAAUUGGAUUUUGGGGAGUUUGUGGAACUCUUGUGAUUAAAACAUCAUGGAGACAUGUCUAUUUCCAAUUUUUCAAGAACAUGAAUGAUUGGAUUCAUGUUACACUAGCAGUUUUUAUAAACAAGUUCAAAAAUAAUUUCCAAGUCCAAGACUAA